AUGAGUUUACUUACCAGGAUUGAAGAAGGGGGAUCUGAUGAUGGGAAAGUGGUAGCAAAGUCAGUCUUCAGAAGCAACGGAAGAACAGUAAAAACACAGAGAGAGUAUAUGAAGAAUGGAAGUGCGUACCCAAGAGAACAUGAGCAGCUCAAGAGGCUAAGAGAUGCAACAUUCAAGAAAUAUGGCGACAGAGCGGAGAUAAGUGUGCCCCCUGAUGAAGGAUUGUUCUUGUCUAUGCUUUUGAAAUUAAUGAAUGCGAAGAAGACAUUGGAGAUUGGUGUUUUCACUGGCUAUUCUCUUCUUACCACUGCCCUUGCUUUACCUCAUGAUGGCCAGUCAAUAAACUAUAUUUUUAGCCAAGUUACAAAGGAUGACUUAGAUUACAAGGUGACGUGGGUAGGCCCAUAA